UAAAAUUAAACAAUACUAGUAUUAUCUUGACUACUCACAUACCAAUAAAUAGACGAAUUUAUUUAUUAUUGAUUAUAAUAAAAUAAAAUAAAAUAAAAUAUUGGCAAUUGGAUCUUAACAAUAACAACUGAAUGAUUUUUCUCUUUGUUUAAGAUGACUUUGAUUUCUUCUCUUUUGAAAUAUUGGCAAUAAGGACUAGAUGGAGUAGUAUGCAGGACUUGUUGUAAAUAAAGAGUUUCUUAUUCAUCUAACAAAAAAACUAAUCUUUAUGGCUUCCUUCAGUUCUUCUUCCACAAAUCAGGUUUUUGAAUCCAUAUCUAACAAUGAUAAGAAUCCAAGCUGGAUCUAUGAUGUGUUUUUGAGUUUCUGUGACGAAGACACUGCCGAUUCUUUUGCAUCAUAUCUUUAUACUGCUCUUACAGCGGCCGAAAUUGUUGUUUUCAGGGACGACAGCAAGCUUAGAAAUCAAGAUCAGAUAAUAACUUCAACACAUUCAGUUCUACAUGCAAUUGAAGGUUCUAGACUUUCUAUUAUUGUUUUCUCAAGAAAUUAUGCUGAUUCAACAUGUUGUUUACAAGAGUUGGAGAAAAUAAUGGAGUGCAGCAGAACAAUAGACCAGAUGGUUAUCCCUGUGUUCUACGGCGUUAGUCUCUUUGAUGUACAUCACCAGGGAGGUAUGUUUGGAGAAGCUUUUAAAGAUCUUGCACAAAGGAUCUCCAAGAAUGACAAAUCGAGUGAAGGUAGCAACAUUUUAGGAUUUGUGGUGGAUUCCAGGAAUGAAAGUGAGGAUAUCAGGAAAGUAGUAGACCAUGUUACUGAUUUAUUAGACAGGACAGACUUAUUUGUCCCGGGCCAUCCAGUGGGAUUAGAAUCUCGGGUACAAGAUGUUAUUCAACUACUGAACAGGCAACAAUCAAAAGAUACUCUACUGCUUGGUAUAUGGGGCAUGGGAGGGAUUGGCAAAACAACCAUUGCUAAAGCCACUUAUAAUAAAAUCCGUCACGAUUUUGAGGCAAAGAGCUUCCUAAAUGUGAGGGAAGUUUGGGAACAAGAUAAUGGUGAAGUUUAUCUACAACGACGACUUCUUUCUGAUAUCUACAAAACAGCAAAAGUAAAUAUAGAUACAGUUGAAUCAGGAAAAAUAAUAUUACAUGAAAGACUUUGCCAAAAGAAAAUAUUUCUUAUGCUUGAUAAUGUGAAUAAAUUGGAUCAAUUGAAUGCUCUGUGCGGAAGUCGCAAGUGGUUUGGUCAAGGAAGUAUAAUAAUUAUCACAACAAGAAAUUUUGAUUUACUUAGUAAGGUUAAGGUUGACUAUGUGUAUAGAAUGAAUGAAAUGGACUGGAAUGAAUCUCUUGAGCUUUUUAGUUGGCAUGCAUUCCGACAAUCAAUUCCUAUAGAAGGUUUCACCGACCUUUCUACAGAUGUUGUUAAGUACUGUGGGGGAUUGCCGCUAGCUCUUAAAGUCAUUGGCUAUUUGUUGUGUGGUCGAAAUAAACAAGGGUGGAAGAGUGUAUUGGAGAAGCUAAAACUCAUUCCCAAUAAUGAAGUGUUAGGGUUGCUUAGAAUAAGUUUUGAUGAUUUAUGUGAUGAUAUGAAGGAGAUGUUCCUUGAUAUAGCUUUUUUCUGUAUUGGGAUGGACCAAGAAGAUGUAACUAAAAUAUUGAAAGACUGGGGACAUCAUGUAGAUACUGGAAUAAGUGUCCUUGUACAACAAAGUCUUGUAACCGUUGAUCCGAUGAACAAGAUUGGAAUGCAUAAUAUGCUGCAAGAAAUGGGAAGAGGAAUCAUAAGGGGAAAACCAACGGGUGUGGCUAAUGAAAGGAUCUACGAUGUGUUCUUGAGUUUCAGAGGGGAUGACUGUCGUGCAAAACUCAUUUCACAUCUCUAUACCUCCCUUCAAAAUGCUGGAAUUUAUGUUUUUAGAGAUGAUAACGAGAUUCAACGGGGAGAUAAGAUCUCACUCUCACUUUUGGAGGCAAUUAGAAAGUAUAGAAUUUCUAUUGUUGUUUUGUCUAGUAAUUAUGCUAAUUCAAAAUGGUGUUUGCAAGAGUUAGAGAACAUCAUGGAAGCUAGCAGAAGCGGGGGUCUGGUGGUUGUGCCAGUGUUCUAUGAGGUAGAUCCCUCAGAAGUACGACAUCUAACAGGCAUGUUUGGAGAAGCUUUUGAAAAUUUCAUAUCAAGAAUCUCAGUGGAUAAAGAUAGGAAGAUGGAUUGGGAAACAGCGCUCCUUGAAAUCGGCGGCACAGCAGGGAUUGUCAUCAUAAAUUCCAGGAAUGAAAGUGAAGAUAUCAAGAAAAUAGUAGAAAGUGUUACCAAGUUACUAGACAAAACAGACUUAUUUGUUGCGGACCAUCCAGUGGGGGUAGAAUCUCGUUCACAAGAUGUUAUUCAACUACUGAACAGCCAUCGAUCAAAAGAUUCUCUACUGAUUGGGAUGUGGGGCAUGGGAGGGAUUGGCAAAACAACCAUUGCUAAAGCUGCUUAUAAUAAAAUCCGUCAUGAUUUUGAGGCAAAGAGCUUCCUCCUAAAUGUCAGGGAAGUUUGGGAGCAAGAUAAUGGCAAGGUUUCUCUACAACAACGACUUCUUUCUGAUAUCUACAAAACAACAAAGAUAAAUAUAGAUACAGUUGAAUCAGGGAAAGUGAUAUUACAAGAAAGCCUUCAACAGAGGAGGAUAUUUCUUGUGCUUGAUGAUGUGAAUAAAGUAGACCAAUUGAAUGCCUUGUGCGGAAGUCGCAAAUGGUUUGGUCAAGGAAGUGUAAUAAUUAUCACAACAAGAGAUUAUGAUUUACUCCAUAGGCUUAAAGUUGACUAUGUGUAUAUAAUGAAAGAAAUGGACGACAAUGAGUCUCUUGAGCUUUUUAGUUGGCAUGCAUUCAAGCAACCGAUUCCUGUAGAAGGUUUUGCUGACCUUUCAAGAGAUGUUGUUAAGUACUCUGGUGGAUUGCCACUAGCUCUUCAAGUCAUUGGGUCCUUUUUGUUGACUAGGCGAAGAAAAAAAGAGUGGAAGAGUGUACUGGGGAAACUAAUACUUAUUCCCAAUGAUGAAGUGCUAAAGAAGCUCAGAAUUAGUUUUGACGGUUUACGUGAUGAUGAUAUAAAAGAAAUAUUCCUUGAUAUUGCCUUUUUCUUUAUUGGGAUGGACCAGGAAGAUGUAAUUACAAUAUUGGACGACUGUGGGCAUUAUGCAGAUAUUGGAAUAAGUGUCCUUGUACAACAAAGCCUUAUAACUGUUGAUCGGAAGAACAAGAUUGGAAUGCAUGAUUUGCUACGUGACAUGGGAAGAGAGAUUGUACGUAAGAAAUCAACAGAGGGAGGCAAGGAGCCUAGUAGGUUAUGGCAUUACGAGGAUGUUAAGUAUGUGUUGUCAAAAGAUACCAGAACCUUAGAUGUUAAGGGACUGACUUUAAAGAUGUCAAGAACAGACUCCACAACUCGUUUGGAAACUAAACUAUUUCAGAAGAUGGAUAAACUUAAAUUGCUUCAACUUGCUGGCAUACAACUAAACGGAGAUUACAAAUAUCUUUCAAAAGAUCUUAGAUGGCUUUGUUGGCAUGGAUUUCCUUUGAAAUAUACGCCUGCAGAGUUUCAUCAAGAAUGUUUAGUUGCUGUUGACUUAAAAUAUUCCAAUCUGGAACGAGUGUGGAAGAAGUCCCAGUUUCUGAAGGAGCUGAAAUUUCUUAACCUUAGUCAUUCUCAUAACUUGAGACAAACCCCAGACUUUUCAAAUUUGCCAAAUCUUGAAAAGUUAAUACUCAAAUAUUGUCCAAGUUUGUCCUCAGUUUCUCCUACUAUAGGACAUCUCAAGAAAAUUCUUUUAAUAAAUUUGAAAGACUGUACAGGCCUUUGUGAAAUUCCAAGAAGCAUCUAUAAAUUAGAAUCGGUAAAAACUCUCAUUGUGUCUGGAUGUAAGAAAAUUUGCAAGUUGGAAGAGGACAUAGAACAAAUGACAUCGUUGACCACCCUGGUUGCAGAUAAUACUGCUAUAACAAGAGUACCCUUUGCAGUAGUAAGAUCAAAGAGUAUUGGAUAUCUUUCACUGUGUGGAUUCAAAGGAUUUGCACGUAUUGUGUUUCCUUCGAUUAUUCAGUCUUGGAUGUCUCCAACAAAUGGUAUCUUGUCCUUUGUUCAAACAUUUGCAGGCACAUCAUCUCUUGAAUUUUCAGAGGAACAAACUGAUAGUUUCUAUGGUCUACCAUGUAUUUUUGAAGAUCUUCAGAAUCUUCAACGUCUUUGGUUGAUAUGCGAGUCAGAAGUUCAACUACAUCAAACUCUAACAAGUAUUCUGGAUAACUUACAUACCAAAAGUUGUGAGGAAUUGGAAGCAAUGCAAAACACGCCACAAUCUGCAAAUUUUGUGACUUCAGCAUCUACUCGCCGUUACAGUCAAGUUCAAAUAUCAAGCUCACAAAAUUCCUUGACUUCGCUUUUAAUUCAAAUGGGAAUGAACUGCCAUGUCACUAAUACUCUUAGAGAAAACAUUUUACAGAAAAUGCCUCCCAAUGGGUCUGGUUUCCUCCCCGGUGACAAUUAUCCUGAUUGGCUAGCCUUCAAUGAUAGCAGUUCUUCUGUAACUUUUGAAGUACCUCAAGUGGAUGAGCGAAGUUUGAAAACAAUCAUGUGCGUUGUCUAUUCUUCUUCUCCAGAUGAUAUAACAUCAGAAGGCCUUAAAGUUUUGUUGGUGAUAAAUUACACAAAGAACACCAUUCAGCUCUAUAAGAGAGACGGAUUAUCAGCCACCUCUGACGAGGAGGAGUGGCAGAAAGUAGUAUCCUGA